UAUGGCUGGGAACAGUCUGUGCUAAACUGUGGUUAGUGUGCAAUGCGUUUUAGCCUUUUGGAUCACCAGGAUAUCGUAUAUACCUGUACAGGGGAAGAAGAUUGUUAGUUGACGACAGUUUGGGUUUGAAUGCCGCUCCCAAGGACAGUACCGACAUACAAAAGGGGCUCUUAAGGACACUGGCAUCAGAGUCUGGAUAUUGGGGAUUUAACAACUAAGAGUGUUUUACAGAGGAAGAAGGGAGGAUGGCCCGCUUAAAUUGGUGUUUAGCGACUGUAAUCAGCUGGGGGAAGUUUCUUUUCACAUGCUUCUUUCCCCUGAGGGUUUCCCGAAGGGAAAAGCCCAAAGAGUUUGAGGCGGCCCACUCCCACACAUUCCGUGUGAAGACAUUUAAGAAGGGGAAGCACUGUGCUGUGUGCAAGCAGACUGUCAGCAAGGAGGGGCUCGCCUGCCAGGUUUGCCGACUGGCUUGUCACAAGAAAUGUGAAGCUAAGGUAUCCACGUCCUGUGUGCCUACUGCAAACUACGAACUGCCUCCCAGUAAUGAUAUUGCACUGAAGCAUGUAGACACAACGGGUUCAACAAAAUCGGCCAAGAGUGUGGAGUCCCGACACAGACCUUCACGGAGCCUGAGCCUAAUCCAAGCCAUGGAUGAGAGCUACGAUGUGGAUCUGGUCUACAUCACAGAGCGCAUCAUUUCUGUCUCGUUCCCGAGUGGCGCUGAGCAGCAGAGCUACAGGGCCAACCUGAAGGAGGUGGCGCAGAUGCUGAGGUCCAAACAUGGAGCCAACUACUUGCUCUUUAACCUCAGCGAGAAACGGUAUGACAUCACCAAGUUCAACCCAAAGGUGUUGGAUUUUGGCUGGCCGGAUCACCAUGCCCCAGCGCUUGAUAAGAUCUGCAGCAUCUGUAAAGCCAUGGACACUUGGCUCAAUACAGACCCUCACAAUGUGGUGGUUUUGCAUAACAAGGGUAAUCGUGGACGGACUGGUGUGGUUAUAGCAGCUUACAUGCACUACAGCAACAUCUCUGCCAGUGCAGACCAAGCGCUGGACAGGUUUGCUAUGAAGAGGUUUUAUGAAGACAAAGUACUUCCUGUAGGCCAGCCCUCCCAGAAGAGAUAUGUACAGUACUUCAGUGGCUUGCUGUCUGGAGCCAUCAAAAUUAACAACAAGCCUUUGUUUUUGCACCACGUAAUCAUGCAUGGGAUCCCAAACUUCGAAUCCAAAGGAGGUUGCCGCCCUUUCCUCAAGAUUUACCAGGCGAUGCAGCCAGUCUACACAUCUGGGAUCUACAAUGUCCAAGGAGAUGGCCAAACCAGUAUCUGCAUCACCAUUGAACCAGGGCUUCUUCUCAAAGGAGAUAUUCUGAUGAAGUGUUACCACAAGCGGUUCCGCAGCCCAACGCGUGACGUCAUUUUCCGAGUGCAGUUCCACACCUGUGCCAUCCAUGACCUGGGGGUCGUCUUUGGCAAAGACGAGCUUGACGAAACCUUUAAAGAUGACAGGUUCCCUGAAUAUGGAAAGGUUGAGUUUGUCUUCUCAUUUGGGCCAGAGAAAAUACAAGACUUGUCCUGGAAAUACCUCACUGCCCUCCCACCCCACACCCUUCCAUUCCCAGCACAACCCCAGUUCUCUCCUAUCCAUGAUCUCCUGCCCCCAGGAAUGGACCACCUGGAGAAUGGCCCCAGUGUCUCAGUGGACUACAACACCCAGGACCCUCUCAUCCGCUGGGACUCCUAUGAGAACUUCAACCAGUGCUGUGAAGACACCAAUGAAGAACUUCACACACAAGGUCCACUUGACGGUAGUCUUUACGCCAAGGUCCGCAAGAAGGAUUCUAUUGUCGGGUGUGGGGGUGCGGUCAGUGCCAACGGCCUCCCAGCAGUCGAUCACGCUCUGUCAGUCAGCAGUGACUCAGGAAACUCCACCGCCUCCAUUAAGACUGACCGGACCGAUGACCCUGGACAGCAGGUGGCGACUGUCACCCAGCCUCUGAGCCCAGAGGAGAAGAAAGAGCUAGAUCAGCUUCUGAGUGGCUUGGAGGCACCCAUGUAUCGCCAAGAUUUACUGGUGGCAGCAGCAGGAGGGGGUGGAGGAGGAAUGCGGCAUCUAGUGCCGGCACAAGUUCACGUGAACGGGCACAGUGUCGAGCGGGAGACUGACAUCCUGGACGAUGAACUGCCUAACAGCCAGGAAGCUAACAGCGUGGACAGCUUAGGAACACUCUCUUCCUUUGAAGGCCGAGCAACGCCCGCAGAGCUCUACUAUCAAACCGAGACGGUUAUAAACGGACAAGAAGGUCCUUAUCUUGAGAAGACCAUGCUAGAGAAGGUGCCUGGGCAUCAGAUUCGAAGCUCGUCCUCAGCGCAAGAACGCAUUAUGGACGCUUCCCUGGUUUCGCCGCAGAGCUACGGCAAUCAAAAUGGUGGCAUUUACCGCUCACAGUCCUUUGGUUCUGCCACUGUUCCCAGCUAUGAUCUUGCCCCUAAGCUGAUGCCUAGAGCUCCAGCCAGAAGCACAAGCAGUAGAGAUGCAGUGCAGAGGGGUCUGAACGUCUGGCAACAGCAGGGGCAACCGGACGAGGUGACCCCAGAGGCAGCCCACUUGAACCCACUUUUGCAGAGUCACAGUCUGCCCGAGUUCCCAGGCAUGGCUUCCCAGCAGGAGAUUGAGCAGUCCAUUGAGGCGCUUAACAUGCUCAUGCUCGACCUGGACCCAGCCUUGACCCAGGUGCCCAAGUCGUACAGCGCUCCCCUGUCCUCUGCUUCAGUCUCGGUGGGGGGAAUCAGUGUGGUCACCACUCAGCCUGGCAUCUCCACUCAGGCACCAACCAGAUCCUUCAAUGCUUUCAAAGCAGAUACGUAUGUUCCAUCCUACGCAGAAGACCCGUCUACCACAUUCGGUCAAACACAAAAAAGGCCUUCGAAUGCUUACCCACCAAGCACUGCAGGCCCAUCUUACAUAACAGAUCAGUCUGCCACAUUAGGUCAAGCACAUCCCUCCAAUACUUAUCCUGUGAGCACUGUGGCACAGGCUUAUUCAACAGAACCAUCUCCCACAUUCAGCCAGGAGCCACAGAGGUCUACCAGCACUUACCAAGCUAGCCCUGCCAUCCCAUCCUACCCAACAGAACCUUAUAACUCCUUCAAUCAAGUGCAACAGAGGCUGACUAAUGCUUACCCAGCAAACAAUGCAAUCCAUUCCUACACAACAGAACCAUCCAACGCAUUUGGCCAGCUGCAACUGAGACCUCUCAACACCUACCCUGUAAACACAGCAUCCCCAGCCUACUCUCCUGACCUCCAGGAGCUUGAUUACCACAUCUCCUCCCCAUGCGUUCAAGGACCUCCUCGCAGCCAGAGUGUGGGUGGGGGCAGUGCCUCAACCUCCCCUCUCCCCCCUCUAAACUCUCAGUCACCUGUCUUACCCAAGGCAGUAGAGCCAGAUGAGGAAUGCUACAACCUGGAGGGCAUUGUGGCCCACCGCGUGGCUGGUGUAAGAUCCCGCGGAAUGUCUCCUGACGAAUCGUCCGCUCCCGUGAGGCGUCGAACGACCAGCGAGGGACAGUAUGAGAACGGGCAGGAUACAGGCUACGGCCACGGCAGCACUGUCCGCUCCCCGAUUCGCUGUGUCUCUCCCGAGGUGGUGAACUCCAUCGCCGCUAACCCGGGGGGAAGACCAAAGGAGCUUCACAUGCACAGUUAUCGGGAAGCAUUUGAAGAAAUGGACGGGGCUCCUCUAAGUCCCACGACCAGCAGUGGUGGUGAGAUUUUCCCCCAAACCCCAGCUUUUCCCGUCUCACCACAAACCCCUUACUACAACCUGACUCGCUCACCCCCUGGCCUCGCAAAAACCCCCCUGUCAGCCCUGGGACUAAAGCCCCACAACCCAGCUGAGAUCCUACUGCAUCAAUCUGGACAAGAUGCAGAAACUAGCCCUUUACGUGAAACUGAGGAAGAACCCAGGAGUUACGUGGAGUCUGUCGCCCGGACUGCCACAGGGGGAGGUGGCCAGCAGAGCUCGCCAGUGCCACUGAGCUACAGUCCUGGGAGGCAUGCAGCCCCCUCCCACACCUUCACCUCCCCCCUGUCCACCAGCAGCCCCAUCCACAGCGUUGACGGCAGUUAUCCCUCUGCUGACAGCAGUGUCCGGAUGGGCACCCCCACACACCCAAUGGUCGACUCGAGUUUCCGCUCUCAACCAUCAGAGAGCACCUACCGCACACCAGCUCCUUCCUAUCCAGGAACGAGCGGCAUGCCGAGCAGCUACAUGGGUCCUGACUACAGCCCCUACCAGCCUGAGGGUCCUCAGGUUAGCGUAAUGGGUGUCCACAAUGUGCCUGGAAGCCCCCACACCCUCCACCGAACAGUGGCCACCAACACGCCUCCAAGCCCAGUCCUGGCAAGAAGGAUGGUCAACCAGGGGAGCCCAGCUAUGGGACGCCAUGUGGUCGCCGCAAACAGCAGUGAACCCGGCAGUCCAAACAGUCCCAUACUCGGCAGGCAUCCAGUGGUGACACAAAUGACCCCAGGAAGCCCAAGUCUGGAGAGACACGUCAUGUACGGUUAUUCCAGCCCAGACGAGAGGCAUGGCACACUGUCACGGCAAAGCAGCUCAUCUGGAUACCAUCCCCCCUCAACGCCGACCUUCCCCAUCACCACAGCUGGCUAUGCAGAAAGCACGGGGCUCCGCCAGGGCAGCCCAGCCCCUCAGCCUGUGCUCCCAGAGAAAAGGCGCAUGUCCAGCGGAGAGCGCCCCAACGGCGUUUUGUCCUACGGCACUCUGAAUGGAAAGAUGUCCUCGCCGGUUUCCAGUGGGGGCAGCACGCCCAGCGCAGCAUUCUCCCACACUUUGCCAGACUUCUCCAAGCUCACUAUGUAUGAUGGAAGCCCGGAGACCAGGGCCAAUGUGAAGUUUGUGCAGGAUACGUCCAAGUUCUGGUACAAGCCUGAAAUCUCCCGGGAACAAGCAAUUGGCCUGCUGCACGAUCGGGAGCCAGGAGCCUUUGUGAUCCGAGAUAGCCACUCGUUCAGGGGUGCCUAUGGUCUGGCCAUGAAGGUAGCUUCUCCUCCCCCCACCGUGGUGCAGCAAAACAAGAAAGGUGACAUAACCACUGAGCUGGUGAGACACUUUCUGAUAGAGACAAGCCCCAAGGGGGUGAAGCUUAAGGGGUGCCAGAAUGAACCUUACUUUGGGUGCCUGUCUGCAUUGGUGUACCAGCACUCCAUCACACCACUGGCUCUGCCUUGCAAGCUUGUUAUCCCAGCACAAGAUCCUAAUGAUGACACCCCAGAAACAUCAACACCCUCAAAUUCGGCCUCAGAGCUUCUCAAGCAGGGAGCAGGACAGAGAGUCCCACCUGCUGCCCAUGCAUGCAAUGUUCUCUAUUUGAACUCCGUGGACAUGGAAUCCCUUACCGGUCCCCAGGCCGUUGCCAAGGCGAUCUCAGAGACUCUCUCAGCGAACCCACCACCCACUGCCACCAUCGUUCACUUCAAAGUAUCUACACAAGGCAUCACACUCACUGACAACCAGAGGAAGCUUUUCUUCCGUCGCCACUAUCCCAUAAACUCAGUCACGUUCUGUGACCUGGAUCCACAGGAGAGAAAGUGGAACAAGGCUGACGGUGGCACAGCAAAGUUCUUUGGAUUUGUGGCUCGUAAACAAGGAAGCACGACAGAUAAUGUCAGCCACCUCUUUGCAGAGAUGGACCCAGACCAGCCUGCCACCGCUAUUGUCAACUUUGUCUCCAAGGUGAUGCUCGGCAACCAGAAAUAAUGCGCUCCCAGUGUCGGCCAUUUUGUGUUUCAUGAGUCAGGAGGUGUUUUUUUUGUUUGUUUGUUUGUUUAUUAUUUUUGUAUUUUGUGCUAUUGUUCAUUUGUAUUGUUCUUGGAAGGACUUGGAGUUGAUCCGAGAUGGAGAUAGAGAAAGUGCAUCAUGGGAUAGUGUCAGUGCUGAUGGUAGGGGAAGAUCUCGAUUUAUCGCAACAAAAGAAAAAGGUCAGGGAACUUCCUUUUGAUGGGAAGUAACAAAAGCAAAGUGGAGCGAAUGGGAUACUGAAAUCGAACCAGCUUUUGGAUUGAUUAAUCAAAGAUAGGCAUUGCUUUAAAACCCCCAAAGAGAAACUUGCCAUGUUUGAAUUAAAAAACAGACCCUGGCGGUUUUAACAUAUAAAACAUACCUUACAAACGGUGGUUUCUGUUUGAAGAUAUUGGUCUUUAACAGUGUGUAGAAAAUUACAAAUGGCAUCUACUCAACCUUAUGAAGAGAACAUAAGAUAAUAUGCAUGUAAGCUUGGUGUACCAAUAAAAUGUAUAUAGUCAUUUGUAAUGCCCAGAAUGGUCACUGGGCUCUGUUAGGUAGUGAGUGCUUAAAGGGCUGCAGAUAUCUUCACUCCUGUAAAUACAGUCAAUCAAAUCUGUAAUGGAUGGAGGCAACACCAUAUAUUGGUUGGUAACUGAUUUGUUAAUUCCAGAACAUGGAGAUUUCAGUAGUCAGAGGUAGAUUACUCUUUCCUGCAGACUCCUGAAUGUACUGUGUUUAGCUGUAGUCUUGUUUUUAGGCUUUGCUUUGCUUUCUAAAGAGGGUACAUGCCUGGCAGAGUAAACAUUUGAAAUGGCUUUUCCUGCUUAAACACACACUGUUCUUCAAGAGACAGACCCCAAACUAGGUGCAAGUCAGAUCAAAGUGGAGUCAUUUUUAUUGCCAAAACAAGUAUGAUUUACUUCAGAUUUAGACUAAUAUUUAGUGUUACCCUACCUUAUUCAGUGUUAGUACUAAAAUAACUGUUAGAUAUGCCUACACCAACUAUGAAAUGUUGCACGUAGAAAUGUCAACCAUACAAACAGUCCCAGCCAGGUGAAUAUAAAAUUCUAUGUUAAACCCCUGUCGGUUUUUGGUGUAUUUGCAAAAAGACUCCCAUGUCUAUAGAAUUGAAGAACCGUUUUCAGUGAGUUUUGCAGGACAAUCCAUUUUCACUGUCAAAAGGUAACUCUUCUCUCUUUAGACACAAAUACAAAUAUAGCUACAACAUCCUAUAUGGAGAGAAAUAUUCCUAUCACUGCUCAAGAAAUGGCCUUAGAAAUAUAUAUAUUAUACCGAAAAGUUAAGUAAGCUAAUCAAAUGUAUUAAAAAAAAAAAAAAAAAAAAAAAAAAAGUUACUAAAUAUUUAUUUUUUGCCAUGUCGCGCUAUUUUAACUCAUAUAUACAAAUCAUGUAUAGUCUACUUAAGAAAAAGCAUUUAAAAAAUAUAUAUUUUGGCUAAAAGUGCAAACUCAACAGAUUUUAACAACAUUUAAGAAAUAUAUAAGACUUAAAAUGUAUGUAUGAUAAAGCUAGUCACUAUAUAUUUGGAAUAUUAUUUUUUUCACUCCUUAUUGUUUAUUCUUUCAUGAUUUCUUUCUGUGUUAGUUGAUAAUAGGUAUGUAAAGGGCUGAAUUCACAGAAAGGAUAGAAAAGAAAUGAACAUAUCUAUCCCUGUUUUUAGACCUAUGUGAAUAUAUGCAUUGUAUGUGUUUCAGUACUAAAGUAAAAUGUUAUAAGGGCAACAUAAGGAACAAACAUGCACCGAUGUAUAUACUAAAGUUAAAAGAAAGGCCAGGAUUUUUUGCACUUGACAGGUUUAAAAAGUAGAUGAUAUGGUUUAGUCUUGACUUUAUAAUUGGGCUUUUGAAUGGAUAACGAAUUGAAUCCCAUAUUUUCCACAUUGGUCUGUUUGUUUUACUUGUAAGAGCAGCUGUUUUCAAAAAGUAAAAAAAAAAAGUACAGUAACAGGAAGGAAAUGUUGAAUGAAGAAUUGAGUCAAGUGUAUAGAACUUGGAAUUUCUUUUAAGAAGUGAGAUUUUGGGUUGAAUUGCUGGUGGGAAUUUUCUGUAUAAAAAGAAGCAAGUUAUAAAAGAGCGAAGCACAGGAAUAAGGCAUGCCUGGUCAUUUGGGAUCCAGCCAACCCGUACUUAAAAAUAAAAGCUAUAGUGUGCCUUUGAUAAAAAGAGAAGUCUAACAUUGUCUACUAAUACGUCACAUUUAGACUCAUAGUACUUCAAGUCUUUUUAUCAGACCAAUGGGAUGCUCAUAAGUUGUAUGAGAGAGAGAGAGAGAGAGAGAGAGAGAGAGAGAGAGAGAGAGAGAGAGAGAGAGAGAGAGAGAGAGAGAGAGAGAGAGAGAGAGAGAGAGAGAGAGAGAGAGAGAGAGAGAGAGAGAGAGAGAGAGAGAGAGAGAGAGAGAGAGAGAGAGCCUUAUAGCAAGUUUCACUGUACAGUACUGCACUGCAUACUGUUGUAACUGAACAGAAGGAUAUACAGUGGUGUCUUGGCCUGUAAUCUGCUGUGAUAAAAUGUAUGUUGCAAACACCAUUCUACUGUAUUCUGUACAUUAUGAUAGCAGAGACAUGUCUAUAUCACAGAUGAACUACAGUACAGCCUCUAAUUUUCCCAGCUUUCCCAUCCCUGGGCUGCUUUGUCACAGGAGGACAACUGAGCAUUUCUAAACUAACCCAGGCUUGCCAUGGACACCUCGGGUCACUUAACACUGAACUCACCUCCACAAAAGAAAAAAAAAAAAAAAUAUAUAUAUAUAUAUAUAUAUAUAUAUAUAUAUAUAUAUAUAUAUAUAUAUAUAUAUAUAUAUACUGUAUAUAUAUAUAUAUAUAUAUAUAAUUCUAGAUUUGGCAGUGAUGUGAAAGACACCAGAGGAAUACUCCUGCGUGCCAGAGGACACAUUUGAGAUAUUCUGGACAACUGGUCAGUUAUCCCAGAUCUUCCCAGAUCUUCAAGAGGAGCAUACCUAAGCACACCUGAGCAUGUUGAAGGACAAUAUACUCAAUUUCUUUUUUGGACACCCAGGUAUAAAAGUCAGCAGCCCAUGCCUGAGCUCAGAUAACUGACUCCAGACUAGCCAAACCCAGCAGAAAUCACUCGAAGGAAAAUCUUGUGAGGUCUAGAAUAACUAAUGUCUACUCUAGCCCAACUCAUAUUGGUAGUGAGUAUUUUAUGGACCAGUGUGUCCUGUUUUUUUUCAAAACUAGCUGACUGUUGUAAACACACAGAAUUACCACUUACUAAGAGCCCAUAAACACAAACACAUAUAUGCGCUUGCCAAAGAAAGAAUUGAAAUCGCACUUUUGAAAUUCAGCAAUCUAAACAAUUCAGUAAUUCUUGAUUCAAUGGGUCCUCCCAGAUAGCAGUGUGCAUUUACAUGCAAACACUCCAUUUUUAUACCACACAUCUGAAGCUCUGAAAUCGCAGAGGAGAACAAUAUUGAAGUCUUUCAAAUCUUAAAAAGAACUAUCAAACUCUAGCCAAUACUUUCAGCUCAGCAUAGAACUGAGGACGAGAGAACACAUUUGGAAAUUAAGUGGAGACUUAAAGUGGGACAGAGGAUAGGAAACACUUCUUCACGCAGAGAGUGGGAAGAUCAUGGAAUGGAUUAACUAGCCAUGUUGUGAUGCCAAAUCAUUGUGAUCAUUUAACCGACUAGACAAAGUUUUGAAAUCAACCAACUACUAGAAACCGAACAACGCUGACAGGCCAAAUGGCCUCCUCUCGUUCGUAAAUUUUCUUAUUUAUAAAAAAAUAAAAUAGUGCCAGCAAAGUGGUUUCAAACUUUUUUGUUUUUGUUUUUUUAAUUAAUUAUAUUUGCUAUUUUUGUAUUGCAUUUCCAUUGCUGCCACUGUCUCCUUGUGCAAACUUGCUAAUCAAUGUUAUACUUUACUGAUAAAAAAGGAAACCGAAGAAAUACAAAGAAACAAAAACCCUGUUUCUGUAUUUCUAUAGAUAGGAUGAUAGCAUCUAUUUUCUAUCCCUACCUGCUUGUUUGAUAUAUCAGUUUUUGGUACAGAAUAUGUGAAUGUGCUAUCAUGGCUGUACAGAACUCUUGUGUAUUUUACUUUGCAUAUUAUAUUGUAUGGCUUUAUUGUUUCUGAAAAAAUAAUAAUACAAAAUAAAUAAAAAGCCAUACAAAUCAGUUAUAUUAAAAUAUACCAUUGCUUGA